CCAAGCCGACUUUUUUCUCCUCAUCCUCUUCUUCUUCUUCUUCUUGUCAUAUCUCACUGGUGGCCAUGACGGGGGGCGGCGAAGAACGAGGCAGCCGGCGAAGAGCAACGGCAGCGGCAAACGCUAAAGGACCUGCAGUGCCUGGUGUUGACAAGCCUGAAUCGAGUACGCGAAGGACGACAUCUGCACUGGCUACUUCAGUUGGCGGGGGAAAGGAGCCCACCCCUGGAACCGACGCAAGCUUGUUCCAGGCGAAGAGUGAGUCGGAUCAUGUUGCGCUGGGAAAGAAAAACAAGCCUAACGACAAGAACACGAAGUACUUGUUGAGGAAUUACAAGGGAGGCGAGGCCGAAUCGGAUGUGCAUCGUGGUGAUGCAUCACAUGGAGAGGAAGGUUUGGAAGAUCUGCAAACAGAUGAGCCCCAGGCACCGCCUGUUGCAGGGCGGGCAGUUGCCGGCAUUGCAAACAUGCUCGCCGAUGCACUUGAUGAGGCUGUCGACGCGGGAGGUGCAGCGGAGAGCGGAGGCGGUGAGGAAGGGCAAGGGGCUGRCAUUGCUUUCAAUUUCUUGAACAUGGACACGACUCAGACGUUGCAUGCCGUUUACCUGGAGGUAGCGAACGCGAGGCCGAAGGUGAAGCUACCAUCAUACAACUACAUGAGGACAGUCAUGCUGGACAUCAUCUACUUGAAGAUCCAAAAGGAGGUGAACCCGAUGACGAGGUGUUGGGACUCGACUGGAUGCACGUUCAUCACUGACGGGUCAACUGACCUCAAGAAUCGGCCAGUGAUGAACUUCUUGGCGGCGGGGGAACAAGGGGCGGUGCUCGUGACGACGGUGACAAUGAGUGGCAGGAAGAAGAAUGUAGUGGCGUUGGCGAAGCUAUGGGAGCAGGUAAUGAGGGAGAUUGGACUGCAACGCAUCAACGCGAUCUGCACCGACAACGCCGAAGUUAACAAGAAGGCGGCGCAAAUCCUAGAACGGCGCAAGGACAAGGACGUGGCGAGAAUUCUGUGGGUUCCUUGCGGGGCACACUGCUGCAGUCUCCUUCUCAAGGAUUUGGCCAACCUGUCGUGGAUCAAGGGCACAGUGAAAACCGCGAACACAAUCGUCAAUUUCAUCCGGAAUCAUCACGCCACACACGACUUGAUGAUGACCGUCGAUGACUCGUUGUCCUUACUUCGUCCGACAAAAGUGCGGUUCAGAUCUGUGUACCAGAUGCUUCAACGACUAGCAGACAGAGAGGAUGUUCUUGUCACGAUGGUGGAUGGGAGGGCGGCGUCAAAGUGGAGAGCAUUGAGAUGGUCAGGGGAAAAGUUGCGCAGGAGAGCCGUCCUCGUGUACUACACAGUGAGGUCGGAGGCACGGUGGCCGCAGGUGAGGAAGAUUGUGGACAUCAUGCACCCUAUCUUCCAGUUGCUGAAAAGAAUGGAUGCAGAAGGCACGCCUCCCACCAAUCUUGUUGAGUACGAUGAUAUGAUUCGGCGGAAAUUGACGAACGUGGUGCUGACGCAGAAGGAGCGGGAGGAUGUCAUGGAAAAGGUGCGUGACCGCGUGCAAAUGAUGAGGCAGCCGGUUCAUGCAGCUGCAUUCGUUCUUGAUCCACGGCGGCGGAAUGAACGCUGGCUCUUCGAUCAGAACAGUGCAGUGAUGCAAAAUGCAAUGCGCUACUUCUUGAGGCAGAUUGGGGGUGAGUGGAACAACCAGGAACAUUCUGACUUGUGGGCGGAGUUGAUGGAGUUCCAAAAAGAGCCCGCGAGGGUUGCUACGGAGCAAGUGAAACAGUUUUCACCUUUGGCAGUAGCCGAUGCAGAUCCCAGGGGUCGAUCCCUUGACCUCAGCUUACCUGUUCUGAUUGCACAAGUGUGCGCGGAGCCCGGGAAAGCUAUGAAGAAGCGCAAGGAUGAGCACAUGUGGAAACAACCGGCGGUGGACGAUGUGAGGAGGCUUAACCCUGCGACCUGGUGGGCAGCACAUGGCGGGGAUGUACCAACACUUCAGGGAAUUGCAAUCAAGGUUAUGGGGAUGUGGAGCACUGCGACCCCCGCUGAGCGCAACUGGGCCUCCAUCGACUUUCUCCACACGAAGAGACGAAACAGUUCGUCCCCAACAUCCCUCGAGAAACUCGUGUACAUACAUUGGAACAUGCAGUUGCUGCGAGCUCGACACCACAAGGAUAGCGGGUUCGCUGAUGUCUGGGGUUUGUUCUUCGAGCCAAUCAUGGAGCCAGAACAGAAUGACGGGUCCACGCUGGCGACUGGCACUCAGGAUGCUGCUGAAAAAGAGGAUGAGGAGAUGAGGCAAAGAAACAUGGCGAAGGCUCCAAAAAACAGGAUCCCCCAAAACCUUCUCGAUUCCGACACUAGUGACAGCAGCGACCUCGAGGAUAUGGUGUGGAAGGGGAAGUGCUGGAAUGAGUCAUCAUCGGAGGACUGCAGCGAGGACGAGGACUCCGAUUUCGAGCUCGGUGUGGUGCCUGCAGUCUCGGCGACCACGUAUCUCGGCAGGCGAACCAGGCCACAGGACAGGGAGCUCGAGCUUGAGCCUACGUCGGUCGUCGAGAGAGUGGACACCGACGUAGAGUUUUUGCUGCACCGCCACGAUGACCCGGACGAGGAAGAGGCCACCCGAGCGAAGGAGAUGGCGGACAGGGAUCGUGAACUUGUGGAGAGGCGGGUCGCUGAGGAGGAGGCCCGUCGUGCAGCGAUCCCUACACGCAGGGAGAGGGAGAGGAAUGCUGCACAGCAGGAAAAGCGUGGGGGCGAGGCCCUGAAGGAAAUGGACGGGGAUGUCCAGCCUGCCGUGGAGAAGGGCGAGCAGCAGCAAGGGGAGCCUGCACACGCAGCGGAAGAACAGCAAGCACCAGUUGUCGUGUACACGCGCAGGCUCCGCCCAUGCGUGGAGCAACAAGUCGGAGUGGAGGGAGAGACCACCGACCAGCAGGUUGCAAUUGGCGAGAGGGGGAAGGAGCAGCUGGAAGAGCAGCAGGCCGCAGAGGACAUCGGCACGCCCCCUUUCCCUGAAUUCAACGAUGCUCUCCACCAUGACAACCUCUGGAAGAGCAGGGCAGGCAGGAAGAGGAAGGCAACAGCGGAGUYCCCCGAAGYGCCCCGACGUGGCCGUGGAAGGCCCAGAAAAAAAAAGGCAGUGGACAAGACUGCGUUGCAGCACGGGCGCCGCAACACUAAUGCUCGCAAGAAGCGUGUCAUUAGUGACGAUGACCCGGACAGUGAUGACAGUCCCUGGCGGUCACUUGAUGGGGGGAUGAGCCCAUGCCACUCCGAUUAAGGGAUCAAGGGACAGUUGUGUGUUUGUGUGUGUUUGUGUGUGUGUGUGUGUGUGUGUGUGAGAGAGAGAGAGAGAGAGAGAGAGAGAGAGAGAGAGAUUCAUUUUAUGAACAGGAAUGGUGAUCCCAAACUCCCCAGAGCAAGUUCGGUGCUGCAUAACUUCUUUUUAUAUGUCUUCUUCUUCUACCACUUUUUCUUCUUCUUCUUCUUCUUCUUCGUCUUCGUCUUCUUCUCCUCCUUGUUCUGUAGCCUUGUGUGGUAUGGCUUCCUUGAAGA